GUUAGAAAGCGAGGGUAUCGGAUCCGAGUGGAACCGCCGAUAUCUGGAGCUGGGUGGUGGUGUUCUUGCAGCCGUGGCGCAGUUUGUGUGCACUAUCUUAAAAAAAUGGAUGCUGGCAGUGUUGCAGAAUCUACCAAAUGUCUUCCUAAAGAAAGUGUCCAAAAUAACAGUAGUAAUCGGUCAACUGUGGUCAUGGAUAUUUCAUUCGAUUCUGCAGAGCCUUGUUCAGAAAAGGCUCAAAAUUCCACUACUGAUGAAGGAAGUUCUCUUAAGCCACCCCCUGUUAAUGAGCAAGUCACAGUAAAACUGAAUACUGAUGGAGGCAAUGAGGUGUGGAUUAAACCAAAAAACUUCAGCGAAGGAAAUGGUGAAAGAAGAGAACUUGGGGCAUUUUAUAAUGACUCUCCUUUAGGGAAAGGACACACUGGUCCUUCGUUAUACAGACUGAAUGAUCCUUGCAGACCAGAUGAAGAGGGAAGUGCUAUGGAUUAUAUGUUAGAAUCAGUGGAAGCUGCAUCCAACAAAGGGACAACUGAUGUGAAAGAGAUUUCUGCGAAUGACCGUGCUCUGCUUUCUUCUGAAAACCAACCUGAGCACAUGGACACAUUAUUGAAGGCGGAUGGCCCAGAAGCACCUGAAACAGAGAGGCCUAUGGACAAUGUAGUUGUUAAAGGCAGUGCAGCAAUAGAGUCUAAUUUGGAAGGGAAUGAUGAAAUGGUUGAUGAUGGUCAACACCCUCCCUCUGAUAAAGAGGGCAGAUCACUAUUGCCUCAGGGUGAAGAUGUGACUGAACUGCCUCGUGUCAAGGCCGAGGAGCCUCGGACCACAGAAGUAAUCUGUGAAGCAGCUGAUGCACAAGAUAAUGCUUUGGAAGGGAAACAAAAGUCUGGAAAAGAAAGUAACACUUGUAAGUCUAGAUCUAAAAGAUCUUCCAGUGCAGGAUCUUCGACAAUGAUUGAAGUUAAAGUGGGAAAAUCAUCUUCAUGUGAAACUGAUACUGCAAGUGAAGAUGUUGCGAAAGCUGAGAAGGAUAUGGAAAGUAAGGAAAAAGUCCAAAAGCCCUUGAAAACGGAAAAUUGUUCAUCCUCUAGGAAAACAAGUGCAAAGGAUAACUCCACCAUGACAAAUAAUAUAAAGCAGGAAGACGACUAUGUUUCACGACGGCCAAGACGCACCACGAGGUUAUCCCUACAAGCAGCUCAGGCUCAAGCUGAAGCCCAGGCUCCAUCUACUCGGCCCCAAAGGUCUUCACGAUCCCUGGUAAAAGUAACGUGUGCUAAUUGCAAAAAGCCCCUGCAAAAGGGGCAAACAGCUUACCAGAGAAAAGGAGCACCUCAGCUCUUCUGCUCUUCUUCAUGCCUCACAGCCUUUUCUCAGAAACCGUCUUCUCCCAAGAUCUGCACAUUCUGCAACAAAGAUAUUGUGAAUACAAAGGAAUUGGUUGUGUCACAAGCCGGGUCAAGUCAGGCUUUCCAGGAAUUCUGCAAUGCUACAUGUCUGUCACUUUAUGAGGCCAAACUGCUUAAGCCAGCUUCAUCAGAUGAGUCAAGAUGCAGUAUCUGCAAUAAAAAAGGAAAGAUUCUACAUGAAGUCAGUAAUGGAAAUGUGGUACAUCGGCUGUGCAGCAAUGCAUGUUUCAGCAAGUUCAGAGCAAGUAAUGGCUUGAAAACUAACUGUUGUGAUAACUGUGGAGUUUACUUUUAUAACCGAGGAUUUAUGCUUCAGUACCUAUAUCAUGAAGGCCAACAAAGGAGGUUCUGCAACACAGGCUGUUUGAAUAUGUAUAAAAAGAAAAACACUAAAGUACUUCCAUGUGCUUGGUGCAAGACUUUGGGUAAGAACUUCGAUAUGAUAGCAAACGUGGAUACCACUGGGAAGAUGGGCUUCUUCUGUUCAUUGUGUUGCAUCACCUCAUACAAAGUGAAACAAUCUGGAACAAUAGGACCCAAGACAAAAUGCAGAUUUUGUAAAAAGAAUCUUCCAGAGCAGGUUUAUUAUAACAUGACCGACCGAGUUGUGCAUCAGUUUUGCAGCCCCAACUGUUGGACUAAUUUUCAGCAAUCAAGUCCUGAAGGCAGCAUCCAACUUAGUUGCACCUAUUGUCACAAUAUUUUCAGUGGGAAACCAGAAAUACUGGACUGGCAGGGAAGCGUUCGUCAGUUUUGUUGCAAAGUAUGCUGUGAAGAUUACAAGAGACUACAUGGUGUUGUUUCGGUCUGUGAAUAUUGCAAACAGGAGAAGAUUCUGCAUGAGAAGAUUAAAUUUUCAGGAGUAGAGAAGAAUUUCUGUAGUGAAGGUUGUGUGCUUCUUUAUAAGCAGGACUUUACCAAAAACCUGGGCUUGUGCUGCAUCACGUGUGCUUACUGUUCCCAGACCUGUCAGAGGGGAGUGACCAAAGAGCUGGAUGGAAAUACAUGGGAUUUCUGUGGGGAGGAAUGCAAAAGCAAAUACCUACUGUGGUACUUCAAGGUAGCCAGAUGCCAUGCCUGCAAACGUCAGGGCAAGCUUCUGGAAACGGUACACUGGCGCGGGGAAAUUAAACACUUCUGCAACCAGCAGUGCCUCUUGCGCUUCUACAGUCAGCAAAACCAGCCCAAUCUAGCGACGCAGAAGGGACCUGAAAGUCUGCUCAACAAUGAGGCGCAGGAGUCUAAGAAUGCGACGUCUCCAACUCCCUCUCCGACUCCCUCUCCCACGAAAUUUGAACAGCACUCUGGUACCUCACCCAGUGGCCAUUCUUCACGUGCAAGCUUGGGCAGUGAAUGUGAGGGAGACAGCACAGCUCAACCUGAUCCUGUCGUCUCUUCAAUGACCACACAGGCAUCUGUACAGACUCGAUCGUCAAAACAACCUCCACCGCCGCCGCCGCCUCCACCACCUUCACCACCAUCUCCACCUCCUGUGACACUGAAGAACAAGGCAAUACUGUGCAAACCCUUGACUCAAAAUAAGGGCAUCUCCUGUAAACCUGAAAUGAAGUCCAAAGGAUGUCAAACAGAAGAGGAAUGGAAGCCACAUUUGAUUGUGGUACCCAUCCCAGUGCCAGUCUUCAUACCAGUGCCUAUGCAUAUGUAUUGUCAAAAUACCCCAGUGCCUUUCUCUAUGCCAAUCCCGGUCCCUAUUCCGAUGUUCCUUCCUACCACUUUAGACAGUGCUGAUAAAAUAGUAGAGACGAUAGAGGAACUGAAAGUUAAAAUCCCUUCAAACCCAUUUGAAGCUGACAUACUCGCUAUGGCAGAAAUGAUAGCAGAAGCUGAGGAAAUGGAGAAAGCUUCAUCGGACCUUUGUGAUCUUGCUAGCAAUCAGAGUGCUGAUGGCCUCCUAGAGGACUGUGACUUAUUUGGACCUGCCAGAGAUGAUGUCUUGGCCAUGGCAGUUAAAAUGGCUAAUGUCUUGGAUGAACCAGGACAGGAUUUGGAAGCAGACUUUCCCAAGACUCCAUUGGAACUUAAUACGGGUGUUGAUUUCCUUUUUGACUGUGGGCUUGUAACAACAGAUGAGGAGCAACCGGAAUCUGAAAUGCCACGGGCUGUAAGAAGGGGCCAAAAGCGGCUAAUGCUUUCAGAAAGCUGUUCUCACGAUUCUCUCGCUAGCCAACAAUGUUGUACAGGAUUAAAUUACUCAUACGGGGUAAAUGCCUGGAAGUCCUGGGUCCAGGCUAAAUAUGCCAGUGGAGAUGGCAGUAAAAGUGAAGAGCUCAAGUUUGGACCUAAACCAAUGAGAAUUAAAGAAGAUAUUUUAUCCUGCAGUGCUGCAGAACUAAAUUAUGGUCUAGCCCAAUUUGUUAAAGAAGUACAGAGGCCAAAUGGAGAGCGAUACGAGCCGGAUAGUGUGUACUAUUUAUGUCUUGGAAUUCAGCAGUUUUUGCUUGAAAAUAACAGAAUGGUGAACAUAUUCACUGACCUUUAUUACCUUACAUUUGUCCAAGAAUUAAAUAAAAUGUUACAAGGCUGGCAACCAAGUUUGCUUCCAAAUGGUUUAAUAUUCUCCCGGGUGGAAGAAGAGCAUCUCUGGGAAUGUAAGCAACUGGGAGUAUACUCGCCCUUUGUUUUACUAAAUACACUCAUGUUCUUCAACACGAAGUACUUUGGGUUGAAGUGUGUGGAAGAACAUAUGCGGCUGUCCUUUACCAGUGUUGUUCGGCAAUCCAGGAAAUGCACAACACCAAGGGGGACCACAAAAGUGGUCAGCAUUCGCUAUUACAUGCCAGCUCAUUACAAAAAGGCAAGAGACCAAGGCAGCACUGUAGGAAAGAGGAAACGUGAGGAGGAAGUUGCUGUUUUUGAACAGAGGGAAAACAGAAUGAAUCCAUUAAGAUGCCCUGUGAAAUUUUAUGAGUUCUACCUCUCAAAAUGCCCUGAGAGUAUGAAGAACAGGAAUGACGUUUUCUACUUGCAGCCAGAACGCUCUUGUGUGGCAGAAAGCCCUUUGUGGUACUCUGUUAUUCCCAUGGAUCGGAGUAUGUUGGAGAGCAUGCUGAACCGAAUCAUGGCUGUGAAAGAAAUCUAUGAUGACUAUUCGAAGGAUUCACUAGAAGAUGACGACGUUGAAGGAUGAUGUGUAGUAGAUGUUGUACAAAGUUCUGUAACUUUUUAUUUAGAAAAACAAUGGGUCAUUAUAGGCUGGCCUACUUGGUGCUGCGGAAAAAAAAUACUACACACGUACUUGCAGAGUCAUGUGGCCUGUUUGUGAGAGCAGAGAUGGUUAGACUAUCACCAUUGUUUGGAGACAGUAUCCCUUUUAGCUUGAGUGCACUUGCUGACAAUCGGGUGUACAUUACAUUCUCUAGAGACCAAAAAAAAAAUUGCUUUGAACCUAAAGCUCUUGCAGUCAAUAAGCAAGCAGCUUUGUACUUGCUCUAAAUGGAAAAGUUGACACGGUUAGCAGUGUACAUGCUGAUGCAGUGGGAGAAUCCUUCAUCCAAUUGCAGUUCUUGGGAUUUUAACAUUGCUUUAAAAAAUGGUCCAGCAAAGUGGGAUCUCAUGCGCUGCCUUCUAGAACAUUCCACUUAUUGCCGCCAUUUUAUUUUUAGAUGAAGAAGAACACAAUAGCAGAAGCAUAGGGUAAUCUCAAGUCUGUGACUGAGUUUAACUAUUAUUGGAAAUUAGUUUCACUGCUCAUCAGUAGAAGGAAGAUUUGAAGGCAAAUGGUGGAAGCAUAUACUUCCAGAGUCGUAUGUCAUACUAACCCUUAUCUGGAAUAUCCUUGAAUUCAGCUUUUACAUUAAAAGUUUAUUUUCAACUGUCUCCCUGAGAAAUAUGCAGGAGGAAUGGACAAGGAGAAUUCUAACCAGAGUACAAGAUUAGUAUUUUUUAAAUAUUCUUUUGUAAGUAAUUUGAAAGGUGAAACAACUACUGCCAGUAAAAGGCACAUGUUCCUAAAGGGGACUUUUUGUAGAACAGUUUGCUAGGUCUUAGCUCAAUUUAAAGAGUGAAUAAAUAUUUUGAGGAAACUUCUGUCGGAAAUGAAGACUGGAACUUGAGUAUAACAAAUUGUCCUUUCCUAUACUCUACUGAAAUGUUUGCUGAUGUUUGAAAUUAUAAAAAUAUUUGAUUCUAUUUUGUGUAUUUUUAAUUAUAACCAAAAAAGGCUGUGAACAUUUAUAGUUAAUACCAUAAGUAAUAGCACAGUGGACUUUGCAAUAGAGGGUGAGAAAAUUUUUUUCAUGUGGGUAGUGUUUUAUUUCCUAUAAUUUCUGACUCCAGGUUUUUAAUUUCUGUUGAAAUAGUACUUUGUCAUUCCCGUGUGUCAUCUAUGAUAUUCGUACAGUGGGAACAUUAACCUGUGCAAUAAUGUUUCAUCACUUGAUCUGUAAGAUUGUCCAGCUAAAAUCCUCUUAAAGAAUGCAAAUAGCGAAUUAGAAUUUUGAAGUAAUACACUUUUUUAAAAAAACGUAAAAGGAUUACAUCUUUUGCUGGUGACUAAUAGAUUGAGCUGUUUGCCUCUGGUUUGAUUUUUGUUGAGCAGGAAUACUUACUGUAUCAAUGUGCUACCAGGCCGGUCAGCUGACCUGUUAAGAAAUUCAGUAUUUGAAGGAACGCAGGAGGAAAGGGGAUCAAAAAAAAAGGGGAUACUGUCUCUUGUGUGUUUUUCUGUAUUAUAUUAUCAAAUAAAGCUGUUUCAUUGAGUUAGAUCAGUGUAAACAAUGUUUUAAAAUGGUAGACAUCUGCACAGUAUUCAUUUGGUAACCUGAAGGUUUGCCAAGGUGACAUGCAUUUUUAAAAAAAAAUUAAAGCUGUUUAUGCAAACUGAAUGGACCUGAUGCUGCAGGUUUAUAAACUGCUGUACCACAAUCAUAAACUCCUAUCACAGUAGAUGAAAGCAGUUAAGUUUCACUUGAUCAUUUCAAAAAUUGUACUUUUUGGGUGUGAUGUAAAAUUUAGGAAAAAAUUACAUGUCCACAGUGAAUCAGUUUUAGGGUAUUUAGUGUAGGGACACUAUAAUGACCCUUUUUUUAUAUCUUAUGUUGAAUUGUAAUCUGUAAAGAACUAUGUCUCCUCCACUUAAAAGAAAUUCCUGGUAGAUGGGUUGGAUGAAAUGCUAAUCUUGACCUACGUUGAUUGGUUUAAUGGUUUUGAAAUACUAUCUUUUGCCUUUAAAUUAAAUAUAGAAAAGGUGGUCUGAGUUUGUUAAAUGAAAACUGCUUGUGGAAAUGCAAUCGUUCAUUCUUUUAGACUCUUUCUAAUAAACAAUGUGUCCACCAUUGCAUUGUAUUGGGAUUCAGUUAGGGUGUGUUAAAUUGCGGUCUCUCUCACCUUGGUAAUGGGCAUUGGUUAUCUUUGUUGUCUCUAAGAUUAACCACACUGAUAUAUGUCACUGUAUAAAUUGAUGACCAAAGUUGAACUAUGUCAUUUUAUUGGGGAAAAAAUGUGGAAAAGUGACUGGAAAACAUAAAGAUAAUUUGUGUUCUCCCAUUACAAUUUUGUGUUUUGUAUAUUUGCUAGUCCUUAACAGUCUGUAAAGAAUACUCAAACCUUCUUGCUCAACUUGGCUGUGAUAAGAAUGAUUUCAGACAGUGUGCAUCUUUUAUGUUUGAAGCUAUUAGUAAGUCUCAAGAUCCUUUUUUUUUUGCCAUAAGAGUCUGAAGUAUUGCUAAAUCAUUAGUGUUAUGCCUGGGAUAUUGCACUGCUGUGUUGUCUAACCCUCUUCCGUCGAACAUUUAUUACUUUUCACACCACAGUGCUUUCUUUCAGCUACCCCAAGCUCACUAAGAUAAUAAUGAUGAAUCUCAUCAAAGAAGUUCAACUGAUUGCAGGUACUUUGUUUUGGAAGGAGUAGUGGUCACCUUUGGCAGUUUGCCAUGUCUGUGCUGAACUGAACAGUUUUGUUGCCAGUUUAGACUUGUUUAGCAGAGGUGGAUCUCUUUGAUUACAUAGCACUGAUUUUGCAGUUGUGUAGUGAAAGUUUCAAUCAUCACUCAACCUAUUACCCCACCAGAAAAAAAAAAUCAGAAAUUACAUUCCAUUCUCUGUUAAGUGUGACACAUGACUGAGAUUUUGCAAUCCUUGUGUCCAAAAAGUAGAUUGGAAUGAGGUAAGGUCUCAGAAAGGGGCUAAUGAGAGUCUUCAGAGCUCCCAACUCUCAUCUUGUAUUUUCUGUACUCCACUCAUGAGCUCACAGACCUCGUAAUAUUGACAGGUUGUUUUGUGAGAAUAGCUGUACAAGUUUUGUAGCCAUGGCAUUUGAAUGUGCCCUUUUAAUCAUGAAAGACUGGAUGUUGCUUCAGAAGACUUUAUAUGCUUGGAAGAGUUUGGGCAAACGGUCACACAUUCCUUGCCCCGGAUAAGAUUAUUUGAUGUGGCAUGAAUUAAGCAUCAGGCAGGGUAGUUUCAGGACAACUAUCCCUUUGUUUCCAAGUCUGCUGCGUCAUCCUUUGAGCUCUCCUAGCAGUGUUUGGCUUCAGGUUCCACAUCUGCCAUAUCCAAUGUUUGAGGGCACUUUGGUGAAUGCACAGCCAGCAUGUGAACAAUAUAGAGUAACAAAGCUAAUGUCAUUGUGACUAGAUAAUAGUAGGAACUCAGACCAUGUCAAAUUUUGGGUUUGUCAACCCUUUUACCAGCUUUCUUGUCUAUAUAUUUCUACUUACGAUGCACACACAAUCCUGCUAAAUAUUUACACUGCUAAAAGAGUUCCAACCCUAUUUGGAAAAGUAUUCAGUGUAGUUUGAGCUCAGUGAUUACAUUUUUAAAUGUGUCCUUGCUUUUCAAUAAAUCUGUAAUAGUUUUUCAUUGAACAGCACUGGUUUCACCUUUUUAUAUAAACUGCUCCUUUUAUUAAUUGUUUUCUUCUGCUUCUGCAAUUCUUUCACUAAACUGGGUAAUAAGUUAAGCUGAAUUUUGUUUCUUCCUCCUUUGGCAUGAAAUAGGUUGAUGACUGCGAAGGGAAGAGCAGCAAACACUCUCAGCUGUUCUUUCCUUUUACACAGCUCUUGUUCUUUUAGUUCCUUUAUGAACAGGGUUGCAUGACUAAGAGCAAGUUUACAGCCAUGUUCAGAAGUUACUGGAAAUCAGUUCUAAUGCCAUUUGUAAUGCAAGUGUGAAAAUUUAUUCAAUUCUAGCAGAGUUGUUAUUCUAUUCUUUUUAGAGUAAUAUAUAGAUAUAAAACCUAACUCUGAUGUCCUCAUUUUUUUUAUUCUCCUCACUGAAUUCUCAUGCUUUUGCUGUUAGAAAACGCUUCACUGUAAAUGUAGGUGAUGAGAAGAUGUACUGUGGGGUAAUAUGCAGGCACGUGUCUGAAUGGAAGGUUAAUCUUUGUCUUGUCAGACAUCAAAUGAGAAUAUUAUCUUUUCUGAUCAAUAAUCUUUCAUCUGUUUUCACCACUUGAGUAUUCCCAGUAUUUUUAUUGUUGCUUUGGAUUACCAAAGGCUGCAGUAUUUUGUGUUUUUAAUUUGUUUCAUUUUUAAUUUAUUUAUUGAGAUACAGUGUGGAAUAGGCUGCGCCAUCCAGCAAUCCCAGAGUUAACCCUGGCCUAAUCACGGGACAGUUUACAAUGAUCAAUUAACCUACCAAUCAGUAUGCCUUUUAACUGUAGGAGGAAACCCAUAUGGUCACGGGGAGAACGUAGAAACUCCUUACAGAAAGCAGCAGAAAUCUUCAGUUGACUUGUUCUUGUUGUGUUCUUGAGUUUAGAUAUUAAGGUACUGGAUUUUACAAUAGAUUUUAAUGCAAAAGAUAAUUACUCCAA